AUGGGUGGCCGGAGAAGACGACCAGCGUCGCCACCACUUCCCAACUUUCCCGACAAGGAGGAAGAGGAGCCGAAGUUCAUCAAGAUUAUAACCUCCUUAGUUGUUAAAGAUCUGAUCAAACUGCAAAUCCCACCAGAGUUUAUGGAAAGAAAUGGAACAAAAUUAUCUAGUGAAGUCAUUCUCACAAUCCCAAAUGGAGCCGUUUGGAAAAUGAAACUCAUGAAAGAAGGGCAAAUUUGGCUGCACGAAGAAUUCAUACAAUUCUAUUCCAUCAAAUUUGGUCAUUUUCUAAUAUUUGAAUACAAAGGGAAUUCUGAUUUUAACCUAGUUAUCUGUGACCUAACCGCUUCAGAGAUUAUGUAUCCUCCGCCACCGCCACAAUUUGUGCAAGAAAAAACUGAGGAUGUUUAA